AAAAUCAGAUAUCUUGUUUACAGAAAAUUUGUAAUUUUUCCCAAAAAAAAAAAAAAUAUAUAGAAUAAAAAAAUGGAGCUGGCGCAACAGUACUCAAAUAUAUCUGAAGAAGUCAUGGAAUAUCUGUUCGAUCAAAAGAUACGGGAACGUGAUCUAAUUGCCGAAAAGGAGGAGCUCAAGCAGCGCAUGAACAAGAUCGAGGAGCACUUGGUUCUGCUGCAAAAUCGUGACGAUGAGCUCACCUGCAUGAUUGCCGUAGGUAAUCUCUAUCAGCUGAGCACCGUUAAGCUCGUCCGAGAGGGUCUUCUGGCCAGCCUAACGGCCAGCAUGCAACCAUAUCUGAAACUGCAUCGGAAGCUGCUGCGCCUGCAACAACACAUCCGGGAGGAUCACAGUGUCCUGUAUGAGAAUCUUCUCAGACAUCCGAGUACUUAAUGCAAUGCACCUUAUAAAAGAUGAAGUUUUGGGUAAAUAAAUUUAGUUGAGAUGAAAGUC